AUGCCAAGAAUAACAGGCAGACAAAAAAAUAGAGUUAAUAUUGUCACUGAAUCAUCAGAAACCUAUUUUCGAAUAAGCGUAUUUAUACCUUAUUUAGAUACAUUCAUCGAACAACUAAAAUCAAGAUUUAUCGACCAUGAAAAUACAAUUUUAGAUUUUAAAUCGUUAAUAGCUGUUGAACAAAAUGAAACGACAUUUUUGAAGUUGGCAAAAACUUACACGACUGAUUUAAGUGAAUGUCAAGAUUCUAUUUUAUUAUUAGAAUAUAAACUAUGGCAAAGACGGUUAAAAAAUGUUGAAACUUGUAAUUUACCAAAAAACGCAAUGGAAGCAAUAAUACUAUGCAAUCAAGGAAUAUAUCCAAAUGUUUUUAAAUUGCUACAAAUAUUUGCAACAUUACCAGUUUCUUCAUCAUCGAAUGAGAGAACCUUUUCAAAUUUAAAAAGAAUAAAGACUUACUUACGAAACACGAUAUCUCAAAAGAGAUUAAAUGGUUUGACUAUGUUAUCGAUUCACAGAAAUGAACAAAUUACUACUGAUGAUGUUUUGAAGGAAUUGAGCUUAAAAAAAAGGCGUCUUGAAUUUAUUAUUUAA